UCUUGGUCUGGCAAGAACUUGCGUAAACAAACGCUGCAGUUCGAUUCUUGAUUCUGAAUCAAGAACAUCAAUCCUUUUUCGCAGUAGUCAUAGAAAAAAAAUGAGCCCCGAUUAAUUCCACUUUUUCUUUCAUUUCUGAAUGGUGAACCUUAUUCGAAUUCUCCGCGGACAAUGGAAAACCAAAGCGCUAAACGCAGUUGGGCGGACGCGCACCUCGUUGACGGUGGAUCAGAACAAAAUCAGUGUUGCUUCCUUUGUCAGAGUGCCCCUCGGAAGUUGUGCCAGCUCUCCACAGCGGAUAACUUGAAAGCGCUGAUUCGGAAAUAUUUGCGCAUAAAGGUUUUGUCCGACGCAAACAAGUUUGUUUGUGAGGAUUGCAUAGAAAAACUGAAAUCACUCAAGUGGUUCGUUCUUCAAGGCAGGAAGAAUGACGUCUUCCUCAAAAAUCUCCAAAGCGAACUACUGCCCCAGGACGAGAACUACUGCCGACUGUGCCUCGCGACCACCGAUCGUCUACAAGCAAUAUUCACUGAAAAUACUCAACAACAGCAUAACAACGCUCUUUGCGAGUUGGUCAAAGAGUGCAUUCGCAUUGAAAUCGAUUACCAUCGGGACUUUACGUCCCACAUUUGCGCGUUGUGUCGCUCUCACCUGGAAAUGUUUAUAACGUUCAAACGGAUCACACAGCAACUUCAGAACGAAAAAAGCCCCAACCCGAUCAAACCGGUGUCACCGGAAGUAGAUGGGAAAAACGAAGCAGUUGAAGCGUCCAAACAGAACGAUGUAGUUGUCCAAUGUGAUACCACGCCUGUUCUGAAAGUGGUCAACACCGACCAGAAUGGUGAACCUGUUAAAAAGAAGAAGCGAUACAGACGCACCAAAGCAGAGAUGGCCCUAGCUCGCGCUCAAGGACUCGUGAAACCAAUCGCCAAGGCUAACACUGGUGAAAAGACAAAAAAGAACAAAAAGGCUUCGGUUCCGAAGGUUCCGACAAUCACCGAGAGUAAUCCGUGGGCUCUUCCGAAUCGUAAGAAGAUCUGUCAGACCCUAUGGACGGCGGACGACGAACGAAACUUCGAGGUCACCAGAGCUACUGGAGGCCGGGUACGCAUUUUCAUGGAUGGAUUCCCGUUCUAUCUCAGCAAAUCGAAAGCGGAUGGGACGAGCCUGUGGCACUGCGAUUCCAAGAAAUUGCACAAUUGCAGAAUGGAUAUUAUCGUCAGUGCCAACGGGAAAAUAGCAACCGUUUGCGAGGGAAGGAGUCACUCGCACAGUAAGGAACUCGGGCCAUUAUUCAAAUGUCCUCUAGGAAAAGGAAAAAUCCUACACGCUGAUGGAACUGAGGAUACCUUCUGGUUGAUUGAACACAAAAGGAUGGGCAGACCUGUCGAGAGGCAUUUGAUCUAUCGCGGUUACCGGUAUAUCCUAAUUUCCUGCUUCCAAUACUAUAAGAAAGACACCAGUCUGUGGGCUUGUAGAACUAGUCGAUGUAAUGCUACUCUAGAAAUCAACGGAAUAUUCGAGAAAAUAUCUUCUCUCAAGGGAACUCAUGCACACCCGGAGAUUUGCGAUAAGGAAUGGCGAGAAGCUUUGAGAGAUAGUAGAGUAAGCAGGUUCUCUGAGGAUGUUAUUUCUUCUUUUCGGAGUGGCAAAGCUUGCGGAAAUAAGAAACAGUUGCCAGAUAUUUACGGCAAAUUGUCCGCCGUGAACAAUUUUCGAGAUUUUGAAGUGAUUAAAUUAAAAAAGGAUAUCUACAAAAUAAGGUAUGACAGAUAUGAUUACAAGCUUUACUUGAAACAGCAAGAUGGAUCAACGCUUUGGAAGUGCAUUUGGGAUGGUAUCCAUAGUUGCAAGGCAGUUAUCGUGGUGACUAGCGACGGAAAUUCUGCAGCGUACUACGGUAUAGUCGAGCACAACCAUCCAGUGGAACCGGGUCAGAUCCUUCGAUGCGAACCUCAGCAAUACUCUGUUCGAAACAUCGCCAACGAUGCAAUGGAAGGUGUCUCUUUACUUGAGCGCGAAUGCAAAUACUUCCGUAGUCGUACAAUUUUGUACGGCUAUCAUUUGUACAACUUGUACCAAAUAGUAAACGACGAAUCCAGUUGGUCUUGCAUCAGAACGGACUCAAAUGGCGAUCCGUGUCUUGCAUCCAUGAUAGUAACUGGCAGAAUGGAAUCAUUCCUGCAGAAAGGUGUCCACUGCCACCAGCCCAUACCAAAGAGUGAUAUUAAAAGUAUCAUCAAAUCAGGAAACUUAGUGGACCUGUCGGCUCUGAAGCAAACCAACGAUUCGAUGCCUGCAGAUAUGGCGGAACCAGUGAUGGCCGAUGAUGUGCUGGAAAUCCUAAAGCAACAACUUCUAAGCAAUCCUACGGGACGCGGAACAAUCUGGGAUAUGACGGAAAACAAAAACAAUUCCUUCUAUUUUGUGAAGGACCAGGCGAAGAAGAACGACAUGCCCUACAAGUUCCUGUACCAGAAGUACCGGUACGCAUUUGCUACCAUCGACGAAUACGGUAUCAGUCAGUGGAUUUGCUGCCAACUUUUGGAGAGUAGUACUCUAGCGGGAACAUGCACGGCGCGGGCAACAAUCGAGGGCGUUUUUCACCGGGUUUCCAUCAAAGGAUUUCACAACCACGACGGCAUUCCGCAAUCACUGGUUUAGAUUAUACCUAGUCAAACAGAGAGAAGUGCAUGGAGAUUUUACACAGUAUGUGAGAAAAAAAAAUCAUUUCAAUUAGUAGGAUAUAAUUAUCAGAUCGCUAUUUAUUGCUAUUUCACUUUUACAUUUUUAUCUCGAAUAGUAGUUUUAAUAUUUUGCUGCCAUCAAUAAUAAAGCUUACAUUAAUAAAUAUUUAUUCCAUUGA